AUUUUAAUUCACUCUCGGGAUUUUUGAUUUUGAUUUGAUUCCUCUCGGACAUGAAUUCAGUUUCCGAGCAAAACGUGAUAUGAGUUUCCUCAGAGGUAUAAUUGAUUCGUUUAGUUCGAUUUUCACUGAAGAACACAAUCGUUGCAAAGAAUCUCAGCACGAUCCUAGCGUAUCAGCUUCUUCUUCUUCUGGUUCCAUGGACGGUGUCGAUGGAGUUCCGGUUUCUAACGAACGGAUUGCGUAUAAGCUCAAAGGAUACUUCGAUUUGGCGAAAGAGGAAAUCGCUAAAGGUGUUAGGGCAGAAGAGUGGGGUUUACAUGAUGACGCUCUUCUCCAUUACAGAAAUGCUCAGAGGAUCAUGAGUGAAGCUAGCUCUACGCCUUCUCCUUCGUAUAUUAGUUCGAGCGAAAAGGAGAAGGUGAGAUCGUACCGAGAGAAGAUUUCCAAAUGGCAAAAUCAAGUAUCGGAAAGAUUGCAAGCUCUGGCUAAGCGUACAGGUGUUGGAAUGUCUGAGAAUAAGAGAACUGUGCCAUUACCUUCUUCAGCUUCAGUUUCCUCUACAGCGUCAAAUAGAAGAGUUUCAUCACAAAAGACUUCACUUCCCAAAGGUGGCAUUGGAAUGGCAAGAAGCCCUAAAGAUGCUACUGCAAACCCAAAACCUGCGAAAGAAACUGGAAAUGGAUACGAUGAUAAGUUAGUUGAGAUGAUAAACACAACAAUAGUGGAUAGAAGUCCAUCUGUGAAGUGGGAUGAUGUCGCUGGACUUGAUGGAGCUAAACAAGCUUUAUUGGAGAUGGUUAUUUUACCAACAAAACGAAGAGAUUUGUUCACUGGUCUCCGAAGACCAGCGAGAGGUUUGCUUCUCUUUGGGCCACCUGGCAAUGGGAAAACAAUGCUUGCCAAGGCAGUCGCUUCUGAGUCACAGGCAACUUUCUUCAAUGUCUCAGCAUCUUCUUUGACGUCAAAAUGGGUGGGUGAGGCUGAAAAGCUAGUGAAAACGUUGUUCCAAGUUGCAAUAUCCAGACAACCUUCUGUGAUUUUUAUGGAUGAGAUAGAUAGUAUAAUGUCUACAAGAUCGACCAAUGAGAAUGAAGCCAGCAGAAGGUUGAAAUCAGAAUUCCUUAUCCAGUUUGAUGGUGUGACUUCUAAUCCUGAUGAUUUGGUGAUUGUCAUUGGAGCUACUAACAAGCCACAGGAGUUAGAUGAUGCAGUGCUUAGGAGAUUGGUAAAGAGAAUAUAUGUUCCAUUACCGGAUUCGAACGUCAGAAAAUUACUUUUCAAAACUAAAUUGAAAAGCCAGCCUCAUUCUUUAUCCGGUGGCGACAUUGAUAAAAUUGUCAGAGAAACCGAAGGAUACUCAGGAAGCGAUCUCCAAGCAUUGUGUGAAGAAGCGGCAAUGAUGCCAAUCAGAGAACUCGGUGCAAAUAUUCUUACCAUCCAAGCAAAUAAAGUGAGACCGCUAAGAUAUGAUGAUUUCCGGAGAUCGAUGGGAGUGAUCAGAGCCAGCUUGAGUAAAAGCAAAUGGGAAGAGCUUGAACGUUGGAACUCAGAGUUUGGCUCUAAUUGAAUUUCUUGUUGUGAGUAAGUGGUACAGGUGUUUCUCUUGUAAAUUUGAGAUGAUUAUAUAAUACUAUGGUCUACAGUUAAAAAGAGAACAAAACAAUCAAAAUGGUUCACUCUUCAAAGAGGAAGAUUGAUAUUAAGAUGUGUAAGCGUUAUUGU